AUGCAAAUGUACUUGGUAAGCAUCUCUUCUUCAACUUGCACUACAGUACAAGUAUUCGUACUACAACUACACAACAAAAUGAGCCCAGCGGAAGUCGUCCAACCCGAAAACAAAUUUGCCCACGGAGCUCCCCACCCCCACCAGAUCCCCAAGAUCCAGGGUCUGGAGAAGCGAAAGUGGAUGCUACAGCACAUGGCAGGAGCGUUCCGAAUCAUGGGCCGAAAGGGAUACACUGAGGGAUCUGCCGGCCACAUUUCCAUCCGAGACCCCAUCGAUCCCAACACCUUCUGGAUCAACCCUAUCGGAGUGCACUACAGUCUCAUGAAGCCCUCCCACAUGGUCCAUGUUGAUGAAAAGGGUAACAUUCUGAAGGAUGGAAACCAGGCGGCAGUGAACACCGCCGGAUUCCUGAUCCACUCCGCAAUCCACAAGGCCCGUCCCGAUGUUGACGCCGCCUGCCAUACUCACAGCAUUCAUGGAAAGGCCUACUCGGCAUUCGGCAAGGAGUUGGAGAUGAUCAACCAGGACGUCUGUACUUUUUACAAGGCUCACUCUGUCUACCGCGCCUUCGGUGGAGUUGUUCUGGGCGAUGAGGAGGGCCACAAGAUCGCUGAGGCCCUGGGUGACAAUAUGGCUGUCAUUCUGCAGAACCACGGCCUUCUCACUGUGGGACGAACCGUGGACGAGGCGACAUACCUGUUUACCCUGAUGGAGCGAUCCUGCGAGGCUCAGAUGCUGGCCAACUCUGCCGAAUGCAAGGGAUUCCAGAAACAGUUCAUCCAUGACGAGGAGGCUCAGUUCACCUUUGAUAGCAGCUGCGAUAUGGGCACUCUCUACGCCGAGAUGCAGCCUGACUAUGAGUACGAGCUGCACUGUGAGGAUUUCCGAGACAUGUAA